CGUAGCCGCACUGGCUUUACUUGUGCAAGUUAAUAUCUGUUUCAAGGGAAAAGAGUGCCGACUUCACCGGCAGCAAUGAGCUCGUUUGCCAUUUCGCAACUCUCGGCCUUGCAUUCACAAGCACAAGUUCGCCUUCUGUCUCGUCAUUGGGACCUGGAGUGCGCCUGGUGCGCUCUGAGCAGGCGAAGAGCAAGCAAAGAGUUUUUUUUCCGACAACAAAGACCAAGUUGCACAGGGGUAAAGGAAAAGGCUUCCACUUUCGAUAGCUUUGCGACAUUGCGUGCAUCGUCGUCUUCGUCUUCCAGUUUGCAAACCCUGACUGGCGCCGCUGCUGAAGCUCUUGUUGCGGCACCCUCCCCUUUAAAAGUGCAGUUGCCGGUAUCCUGUAUAGAACCAUUCUUACCACCCCCUGACUCUCAGAAGGAUGCCUCAGGAAUAGAGUCCCUAGUUUCCACAGCUAGCUUGGCUUCUUCCCCUCCAUCGUCGCCUUAUGGGCCUUCUCCUGAGUGGAUUGCUCGACCGCACAUCUUGUACCCUAUUGAGGACUAUGACGAUCAUAACAUGGAGGCGGCUCCGUGGGAGCGGCUCACGGAUCACGUGAAGAGGAAGAGGAUGGGUGUCAGCGUCGAAGCAAGGAAGAAGAUUUCCAUGCUUGCAAGGAAGAACAGAUGGAAGAGACGUGUCGCCGCGGCCAUGCAAGCAUACCCUGCUGUAACUUCGUCCUUACUGGAGGAGAUUUCCACCCCUGCGGCCGCUGCCAUGGCUGCCGAUAUUGCCUUAGCCAGAGGUAUUGUGGGCAAGUUGCCCAAGAAAAGGAGGAGCAAGAAGGACGCCAAACUGGAAACCCCAAAGGAAGCUAUGGCACGAAGUAGAAGGGAGAAGAGAGAGCUAAAGAAGGUUGCUCAGGAGGUGGUAGCUAGUCGAGAGGAGCUGCUGCGGGGGCUGGCGAUGCUUACUGCAUCUGUCCCUGUCUGGACUUGCCGAUGGUGCAAAGACGUGCACAUAGGACCUGAAGGGCAUGGAAUCAGAACGUGUCACGGCACAGGAAGUGACCUGAGGAAAGGUAGGCAUGUCUGGGUGAAGGGACAUGUUUCAGAUGUGUACAGUGAGAAAGUGACUUAUCAUCUUUAUGAUCGAAAUGCUGAUCCCCCGACUCAUCGACUCAAGCAUCUGUGGUAUCGAGUUUCUGUGGUCUUAGAGCUUUGCGCGCAAGCAGGCAUAGAUCUCCCAGGUCUAGAGAUGGUUCGCAAGGAGGAGGAGGAGGAGGAGCAAGAGGACGAAGACGAGCAAGAGGAGACGAUUGGGACGUCAGCAGGAGGAAACGAUGAAGUACUUAAGAACGGCGAAGUUGGGGGAGAGACAAUGGCUUCAGAAGCAUUGAGUUUGGAGGACAAGAAGUCGGAGGAGGGUCAUAAAGUGGAAGACAAAGCAGUUUCGGGACCAGAUACAGGAAAUUCUGCAGCCCGGGAUGAUGCAUAUCAGGUGCAGCUCACCGUUUGGAAGCAAAAGAGGGGUCGAAAGAGAGGCUAUUAUGAAGGGUCUCGACAGCAAUCCGCACCCCCUGCCAGGACUCCGGCUGGUAACGUAGCAGAGCUAGCACAGAAGACCUUGGAUGCGUAUGUCAAGAUGAGGCAUGGGCUCCAGCUUCUGAUGCAGAAGUACAGGGUAUGUACUUGUGGCUAUUGCCCGGAGGUGCAUGCAGGCCCAAGGGGUCAUCGAAUAAAAAAUUGUGGAGGACCCAAGCAUCAGCACAGGGGUGGCAUGCAUGGGUGGAUGACGGCGGAGAUAGAGGACUUCUUGCCACCCAACUAUGUUUUCCACGUCCGUUCACCGGAUCACUCCCUAGUUAAUGGCCUUCGUAAAUUCUAUGGCAUGGCUCCUUCAGUAGUGGAGCUUUGCUGCCAGGCGGGGGCAGCUGUGCCAGAAGAAUUCAAGCUUGGCAUGAGACUCGACGUGGUUAUUCCUGAGCUAUCUGAGGCGUUCAUUGCAGUUUAGAAUUGAUUGAUUGAUACUCUUCACUUCCCUACCAGUUUACUACUAGUAUGAUUACAAGAUGCAGGUUCUCACUGCCCUGCCAGUUUUACUGUGGUGACAAGAUGCGGGUUGAUGUGAACAUGGUCAUAUGCCUUUGCAAUAGAGUCGUGGUAUGUUUAGUAUUUACUGACCUCCUUUAUGAAGCCGUCCAUUCUUUGUGUGCACUGUACAUUUAUUUGCGUAACUCCAUGCAGGUUCGGGUUCGUCUGUUGUCAUCAAUGCACUUGAGACAGGUUGCAGCAUGGAGCCUUACAAUGGCUGGGGCUCGCAGCUGUGGACAUCCCUGAACAUGUCUAUCUGAUUGUGACAGUAUCGCUUUCAGCAACUAGGAAGUGGGGAAGGUAUUUGAAUAGAAUUCAACGUGGGGAUGCAGAGGGGUUAAGAGAGAAAGGACGGCUGGUUUGUCUGUUGUGUGAAAAGUUGGGGGAAGCGGUCGCUGGAGAAGGAGAAACCAUCGACUGGAAGCGAUGGAUGGACUUGCAUGUGACGAACCGAGUUUGCAGUGUGAGCCUGAUCUGCAGCAGAAUGCGGAAGAGGUGGCGCGUGAAGCGGCGGUGCCCAUCCCUUCUCAGAGAUCUUUAUGCCUGCGUUGUCCGUCCAUGUACAUUAUUUUAAAGCUUCACAGUGAACAGCCUUUAGAUAAACGAGGAGGUUUGGGCAGCAAAUUCAAGAAAAUUGUGAGCUCAUUAUUGUUGUCGUCUCUGAAAAGCAGGGCCCGUCAGUGUGGACCUGAUGAAGCUAUCCCCGUUUUUGAGUUCGUGAUGUAUGAACCAGAAAGUCUGAAGGCCAUAAUUCGUUGUGCGAGGGAGGACGCAAGUACUAUCUGGGCAGCAGCAGCACUUGUAACUGUGUAUGACGGCAUGCGGGUGCGGCUGGAGGUUGUAGGUAUGUCUCCAUUCUUGGUGUCCUUAGCAAACGACACCCGUCGUUUCUGUCAAAGACUUGUCUCGCCGUAGAACUUUUGUCCGACUGGCAGACUUGUUCUGCUGCGUCUUCUGCUGAAGGCUGAGAGCGUAGCCGCCCACCCUGGUGAUUAGAGCAAGGGCUGGUCAUCGCAAUCAGAUCGCUUUGCCCUUUCUUUUUUUUUCUUUUUUUUUGUCUCCACGCUAGACUAUGAUCUGCUUGUGUCACCAUAGAACUUUUGUCCGACUGGCAGACUUGUUCUCCUGCGUUCUCAGCCUUCCACCUACCCUGGUGAUUAGAGCAAGGGCUGGUGAUCACAAUCCGAUUGCUUUGCACUUUCUUCUUCUUCUUCUUCUUCUUCUUCUUCUUCUUCUUCUUCUUCUUUUCACCCUAGGCUAUGAUCUACUGGGUGCAGGUCUUAUUACAUUGGAAUAGGAACCUAACCUUCCACACACAAGGAGGCUGUCAAAAACCCUUUGCGGUAGUGGCUGGGGCAGGAUAAACAGCAUGACUAGUC